AUGUAUUACUUGGUUUUAGAACUAGAGGUCGAACAUAAAAUCGAGACACCUAAGGACCACUCGAGGGUAUCUAAGAUCAUGUAUCAACUAGUCAACGAGGAAGAUAUGUCAUGUGUAUUUCCUGGAGAUCAGUCCUCAGGCUUACCUUCUAUAACAAUAGACAAUGAGGCCAAUGCAUUCCAAGAUGCCAUUAAAAAACUAGAUAUCGAGAUAAAUCGAGUGACGAAGGAUGAUACAUUUGUAUUAUGUUCAUUAUUUUCAACAUGGCAUAUUAGAGUCACUAUUCAACGUGAAGCUCGUGAUUUAGAUUAUCAAUUACCUACAUAUUUAGCCCUCCCAAUGAUAUUUGAUUUGAAGAAAGAAUAUUUGAGAUGGAUUCAAAAUCAUAAAGAUUUACUACCAAAAGAAGAAGAAAAACAAGAAUCAAAAAUAGUUAAGGAAGAAGAAGUUACAGACAAUGAUGAUAAUGAAAAGGAGGAAAGCGAUAAAGAUGAGGACAGUGAUAGUAAUAAUGAUACACAUAUUAAUGAUGGAAUUACCCAAAAAGCUGAUAAAUUGUUGUUACAAAUUUUAGAAGUGAUGGAUAUUGAGCAUUCAGAUGACUCGCCUAUGACUAUAGAUGUAAAUGUCUCUACAGAACUUUUGACAAAAUUGUAUAAAAAAUGCAGUUCGGAAACUGAUGAACAAAAUGUGCUGACACAGCCCUAUGCUUCAUUAUCAGACUAUAAUCAAUUUCUGCAUAGAGAAUCUACUACAGUGUAUAUUAACAAUUUACCACAAGAUACUACACAAAGUGAACUUGAGUCUUGGUUCUCACAAUUUGGUUCUAGACCUAUUGGAUUUUGGACGAUAAAGAAAACGACCAGAUCUGAUGGUGGUUCUGAAUCAUCAACAGUUUUAAAUAAUUGUCCUUAUGUGGAAGAACCAGAUAGUAUAUCGGGUUUUAUCAUUUUCCAAACAAAUCAAGAGGCAAAAGAGGCACUAUUAUUGAAUGGGAGGUCUGUGCUUUCCAAUGUAGCUAAUAUUAAACAACCAAGGGUUGUUGAGCACGUUGUAGAGAUUGAACCUUCGUGUAGUACUGUACUUGCAAAGGCCCAUGGUGUAUUAGCAUCUUUCCCACAGAGUAAAAAUAAACCAAGACCUGGUGAUUGGACUUGUCCAUCGUGUGGAUUUUCCAAUUUCCAACGUAGAACAGCAUGUUUCCGUUGUACAUUCCCAAUCCCAUUAAAUCUAAUUAGUUCAAAAUCACAUUACAAUAGUGAAAAAAUAGGCGGAAGUAGCAAUGGUAACAAUGGUAAUAUUAAUAAUGGGGGUAGUAGUAAUAAUAAUAAUAAUAACAAUAAUAAUAAUGGAACGACAGUAGAGAAUAUGAAUUCCUCUAACUCCAAUCUAAGAUCCAACGGAACUGUCAAUCAUUACAUUAAUCAUAACGGACAACAACAUGGUAAUAAUGGAUCUAAUGUACCAUUCCGUGCUGGUGAUUGGAAAUGUACAUCUUGCCAAUAUCAUAAUUUCGCUAAGAAUGUCAUGUGUUUGAGAUGUAAUAAACCGAAGGUGAGACAGACAAAUAGAAAUGCAAUGAAUGUCAAUGGGGUACGUAUGUGGGAAGCACAUGGGAACAAUUACUUAAAUCAAGAACAAAAUCGGUAUACUGGUAAUUAUAAUGGGCGUCAUCGUGAGGAUACGAUUAGGACAGGGAAAUCAAGAUAA